AUGAAGCGAUCAGCCCCUGCAACAGAUACAAACGAAGAGCCGCAAGCGACACGGCGCCGUCAAGAGCCCAUCUCCUGUCAAGUGUGUCGCAAAAAGAAGCUCAAGUGCUCACGGACAAUGCCAUGCUCGAAUUGUGUGUCGCGUGGCCUCGAGUGCCAGCCGCCGGAUGUAAUACAUUGGUCUCCAGGACAGGAUAGGAGCAGCUCGGUCGCAGCUACCAACACUGACACCUCGGUCUUGGCACGAGUUUUAGAGAGGCUACAACGACUUGAAAAUAUUGUUCUCAAGUCAGACGACAGCACUCGGAACCAUGUCAAUGAUAACACUGGAGCUGGAGCACCUUCGCCUUUGACAACACACGAAGACGUCGUACAGAACGAACUAUUUCACUCAAUUGCAAGAUCUGAUGCUUCGUCGCUAAUCAACAGUCGUCAUACCGAAGAUGAGUUCAAGAACACAGAGAUAUCUAGUUCACGACCCUCGAAUACCAUUGACGGCGAACAAAACUUUCUAUUUACCACUGGUGGAGUCUCGGAAAUUACGUUCGACCUCAAUCUCAAGGCUCCGGUGUUGACCAAGAUCUCCGUGAGUGGCAGCAGGGUCAUUCGCCGCAUUUGCCUGCCCGAACAGAAACAAGCCCAUGUGCUCUUCAAAACCUAUGCAAGCUCAAUCGGCUCAUGGUAUCAUAUCUACCAUAGGCAUACCGUUGAGGCUCUUCUCGAUAAGGUCUACCAUCAGAUUGCUUCCGGCCAAAGGCCAAAUCUAGCACACGUCGCUCUGUUGCUCAGUAUGUUCGCUGGCGGAGCUUAUUUCCAAGCGUUUGCAGCAGAGACCUUAUUUGCAGACCCCAAGGAGGCCAACCAGCUGGCGCUGAGUUGGACGCAUAAUACACUGGAUAUACUGGACCAUGUCGAACGUGCUUCAAUGCCUACUUCGAUAGAACAGUUGCAAGCCACCAUCAUCAUGUCUCUGAUGAUACAAAAUUUCGAAGGGCUUUCAAAAAAGUAUUGGCUGCUGCAGAGUACCUCAAUCACUCUAGCCAGAGAUUUGUCGAUACACUUCCUAGACCAUCCGGCAAGAGCAAGGUCUAAGAACGUGAUUGAGAAUGAAGUGAAGAGGAGGAUUUGGUGCUUUUUGGCAACUACAGACUGGCUACUGGGGAGCAUGCCGAGCCCUCAAGAAGGCACUUACACGAUAAAUCCGCGUCACUGCCUAGUCAACCGCCCAAUGAACGUAGAUGAUGAUGAUCUGGCUCGUGGUGGAGACAUCCAAAACAAGCCAAUGUCAGAGCCGACCGAGAUGUCCUACUUCCUGAUCAGAACGGAUGGAGGAGAGAUGUGUCGAGGUUUUGCGGAUCUCGUCCACCCUUUGGCUUCUGGAGUGAAUAAUGUCGACUAUGACGAGAUCAUUGCCCUCGAGAACCAGACCGCAAAAUUGGUGAAUGACAUGCCGUUCUACUUCCAGCUGGACGAGGAAAGUCGCAGAAGGACAGAGCCGUAUCUCAGCAAGUACCCACAAUUGGCGACACAGAGAUAUCUCUUACAGCAAGGCCUCCAUUGCCACCGAAGCAGGAUUCAUCGGCCGUUCCUCAUUCGCGGAUCAAUGGACGCACGGUUCAAGUUCUCGCGGGAAGCAUGCUUGGAGUCUGUCCGGAAGAGUCUCGAAAUCCGCCGCUUGUUGAAUCAGGAGAAACGGGGCAUGGUCCUGCCCAUCGCAAGACUCAACUUUGUGUUGUACCACGUCUUCAUGGCUGCACUUACACUAGCUCUUGACAUGUGCUUCAACAAGUCGACCAGUGAAGCGGAGGACCUGAGUCGACGCACGGAACUGAAAGAGGCAUGCAUGAUGCUUCAGGAGUCAUGCACGGAGAUGCCAGCCGCGGAUCGGUUCCUUGGGCCACUAAUGGAACUGCUGCGAAAGCAUAAGAUCCAGCUGCAAGACGCUGGCUCACAGAACCCGUACCUGACACCUUCUGAAUCUGCUGGAACGCCGAAUGUCCAGGCAGGUGCAAUGAGCCUUGCCGCUCAUGACCAAGACACUGCGACACAGGUGCAGAGUCAACAGUCGAACACAGAUUGGACCUCUUCGUUGGCGCCGGAGCUCGACUUUGACGGCUUAUGGGAAGAAUUCAUCAAUGUGGUUCCAGACUCAAAUGCUUCAGGCUGGGAUGACCUCUUGGCCGACUUCAAUCACGCAAGUCUUUUCUUGGGCGUGUAG